CCAUCACCCACGGCAGUUCAAGGAGACUCCAUUUGCCAUGUCUGAUAACGCAGAUUCGUCAGAAACCUUCUGGCAAAUAAACCUUUAAAAUUAAAAAUGUUUCACGAAAAUAAAGCCGAUCACAUUAUUAAUUGACAAAGAUAAAUAACCGCCGGCCCUGUUUAGAUUUAUUUAAGGGUACUAUGGACUCCCAGACUGCAGGCGCUGUUUCAAUAUUCAUGUGCAAAGUGUGUAACUUGUUCUCACCCAGCCGGACAGAGCUGCUCACACACGUCUCAGAACAGCACACAGUUGAGAGUCUCAGUCCUGAUGACAUCAUCGUGCCCCUUAGACCACUGUCUACAACAGCCCAGUCAGAGAACAGCGGAGAAGAAUGUGUUGUUGUCAAGAGGAAGAGGGGGAGACCCAAGGGCUCCACCAAGAAGUAUUUUGUGAAGGAGGAGCUUGUGGAUGCCAAUGCCAGUCCGAGAGAAGAAGCCGAGCCUGGAAAGGAGAAGGAGGAGAAGGGGCCCGAAUCUGGAGACCUGGGUGGCGUGCUGGAGUGCAGGAAAUGCAGUCGGAGAUUCUGUAACACGAGGCAACUCAAGAAGCACAUCUGCAUCAUGGGAUUGAAAGAAGAAGGGGAAGAAGAAGAAGAUGAAAAUGACCCCGGAAUCAAAUCUGCUUCAGAGGGAAAGUAUGAGGACAGGGAGAGGCCUCCAAAGAGGUCUCGGAUUCAGAACACGGAGAAGGCAUCUGUGAGCAGGGACUUUGAGCAGCCAGGUGGAGCAAAGAAGCCUAUAAUUAGUGUGGUUCUCACUGCACACGAGGCAGUUCCAGGAGCUACAAAGAUUGUUCCAAUUGAGGCUCCCCAUGCAGAGUCUGCUCCAGCUGUGGACCCCGAGUCUAGUGGCCAGGAGGAAGGAUUAAAGAGGGGCUACCAGGAGUAUGCAAUACAGCAGAUGUCUUCUGAGCUACCAAUGAAAUCUAACAGGCUGGCACAAACUCAACUGAAGAUCUUCACGUGUGAGUACUGCAACAAGGUGUUCAAGUUUAAGCAUUCCCUGCAGGCGCACUUGAGGAUUCACACCAACGAGAAGCCUUUCAAGUGCCCUCACUGUGAUUACGCCAGUACAAUCAAGGCCAACCUGAGCGUCCAUCUGCGCAAACACACAGGGGAGAAGUUCAGUUGCCAGCACUGCUCCUUCAGCUGCCUCAGCAAAGGCCACCUGAAAGUGCACGUGGAGAGGGUGCACAAGAAGAUCAAGCAGCACUGCCGCUUCUGCAACAAGAAGUACUCCGACGUCAAGAACCUGCUGAAACAUGUCCGGGAGAGCCACGACAUGGAGGACAGGAAGGUCAAAGACUGUUACGAGGAGAUCAGUCUCCAGACCAGGGAGGGCAAGAGGCAGCUCCUGUACGACUGUCACACCUGUGACCGUAAAUUCAAGAACCAGCUGGACAGGGACCGCCACAUGAUGGUCCAUGGCGAUGAAAGGCCAUACGGCUGUGAGCUCUGUGAUCACGGGGCCACCAAGUAUCAGGCCUUGGAGGUCCACAUCCGCAAGCAUCCCUUUAUCUACCUCUGCACUGUCUGCCAGCACAAGUUUGUCAGCUCAGUCAGGCUGAGGUCCCACAUCAAGGAAGCCCAUGCCCACCUGGAAGAAACCGCGGUCUUCAGCGACUCCAUCAAUCAAAGCUUCUGCCUCCUGGAGCCCGGGGGUGACAUCCAGCCAGACGCCCUAAAGGAGAGAGAGCUGCAGAUGACAGAGGAGCUGUCUCUGCUGAACGCUCAGCAUGCUCUGGGUGCAGAGCUGGGGAACACAGAGGAAGUCACUACCGAGCAGUUUGCGCAUGGAGUAGCUGGAGACAACCUAGAAGGGGAUUUUCCAACAAAAGAUGCUACUUUGACAGACAUGGUAGAAAACCAGCAACACCAAGUGCACUCCGCUGAAGACAGUCAGAGCCACGAGACCACAGUAUUGGACAAAGGGUAUGACAAGAUGGAGUUUUCUGAAGAUAGUCAGAUCCACAAAACCACAGCAUUGGACAAAGGGGAUGACAAAGUGGAGUGUUCUGAAGAUAGUCAGCGCCACGAGACUACAGUAUUGGACAAAGGGGAUGACAAAGUGGAAUGUUCUGAAGGUUUCCAACAGGAGACAGUAGAUAAGCAACCACUGCAAGCAGGUGACCAACAAUUGGUUGAAAUCUGUACCACAUUCGAGCAUACCACUGAUGUUAUUCAACAAGAGACGUUAAACCAGAGCGCCGUGCCAAGCCAAGAGAACUUGACGGACACCCAUCAGCCUAGUGUUGCAACACAGUUAGAUAAAACCUUAUCAAACAAAGAAGCUGAGUCUGGUGCAGACAAUUCAGAAACCACUGAAGUCUUAGGAGUGACAAUACAAAGCAACCUGCCCUCUAGUGGAAAAAACACCUUGACUGCAGACGCUCAAGAGGAAAGUACAGCUUUCAAGAAGAUUAUGGACAGCUUGCAAAAGAGACAGCUGAACAUGGACCUCUUUGAGAGGAUCAGGAAAGUGUAUGGGGAUCUGGAGUGUGAAUACUGUGGUAAGCUGUUUUGGUACCAGGUGCACUAUGACAUGCACACUCGCACUCACACCCAUGAGCAUCUCUACUACUGCUCCCAGUGCAGCUACUCCUCCAUCACCAAGAACUGCUUGAAACGGCAUGUAAUCCAGAAGCACAGCAACAUCCUGCUCAAGUGUCCCACCGAGGGAUGCGAGUACACCACGCCUGACAAGUACAAACUCCAGGCACACCUGAAAAUACACACCGAGCUGGAUAAAAGGAGUUACGUUUGCCCUGUGUGUGAGAAGUCCUUUCCAGAGGAUCGGCUUAUUAAAUCACAUAUCAAAAACAGCCACCCAGAAGUGUCAAUGAACACAAUCUCAGAAAUCCUUGGGAGGAAAGUGCAGCUGAAAGGGCUGAUUGGGAAGCGCGCCUCCAAGUGUCCUUACUGUGACUGCUAUUUAAUGAGGAAUGGAUCGGACCUGCAGCGGCACAUCUGGGCUCAUGAAGGAGUGAAGCCCUUCAAGUGCUCGCUCUGCGAUUAUGCAACUCGCAGUAAGAGUAAUCUCAAGGCCCACAUGAACCGGCACAGCACUGAGAAACCACACCUGUGUGACAUGUGUGGGAAGAAGUUUAAAUCCAGGAGCUCCUUGAAGAGCCACAAACUGCAGCAUGCAGCUGAUGGCAGGCAGUUUAAAUGCACUGUGUGUGACUUCACUGCCGUACAGAAGCCACAGCUUCUCCGCCACAUGGAGCAGCAUGCCUCAUUUAAGCCUUUCCGUUGUGCACACUGCCACUACUCUUGCAACAUGUCAGGGUCACUGAAGCGCCAUUACAACAAGAAGCACCCGAACGAGGAAUAUGUGAAUGCAGGGGUGGGGCCUCCUGCUGUGGACAUGCUAAUCCAGCAAGGUGGAGUGAAGUGUCCUGUGUGUAAUUUUGUCUAUGGUACAAAAUGGGAAAUGAACCGGCACCUUAAAAACAAGCACGGCCUGAAGCUGGUGGAGAUCGAAGGAGAUGCCAAAUGGGAGCAUGUUGUAGAGAGUUCAGUGGAGGAAUCAUCGACACAGUAUCUGCAUAUAACUGAGACUGAAGAUCUGCAAGGCACAGAGGCUGCUGUAGCUGCUCUCCAGGACCUACGAUAUAACACAGAAAAUGGAGAUCGGUUGGACCCCACUGCAGUGAACAUCCUUCAGCAGAUAAUUGAGCUGGGAACAGAGAGCCAUGGUGCUGCAGUGGCAUCAGUGGUUGCCAUGGCCCCUGGCACAGUCACAGUCGUGGAGCGGGAGCAGCAGGGGAACCAUGCCGUGAUGAUUCAGGAAGCCCUGCAGCAGGCCUCGGUGGGGCUGGGUGAAGAGCAUCACCUGGUGGUCUCCUCGGACGACAUGGAGGGCAUCGAGACCGUCACCGUGUACACGCAGGGCGAAGACGCCUCGGAGUUCAUCGUUUACGUUCAGGAGGCAGUGCAGGCUGAGGAAGAGCAGACAGUGGAGCCCGUGUGAGAUUUCAAAUGGAGGAUCUGCUGUGCUGGAGCGCAGGGUUACUGCUUAUCAAAAGCUGACUCCUGGCUACUGCAAUAUACUUGUGAUGGUGUGACCGUAACUUAUACAGUGUCUCAGAAAUAUUUAUACAGCAAAUAUCUGCGGCCACCCAAACAGUAUUUAUUUGACAGCCAUUUGGCUAUAGUGGAUGCUGUCAGGACCCCUGAUUAAAAAUGUUUUUAUUAUUUUUAGUUCCCUCGUUCCCACUGAUAUUAGUAAUGAUAUACAUAAUAUUCACUGAUUCCUUCCAGACCAAUACAUUAACAAGGAGUCAGUUUUACAUAUAGAGCAGUGAGACAUAAAGAAAUCAACGAAAAGUAGCAAAAAAAAAACAGGGCCACAUUACACCAAACCAAAGGGGGGGUGGGGAGGGUAACAAAACCAGGUCAAUUAGAUUAACUUGUACAACAGGAUAAGCUGAAUUUUAUCUGAGCAUU